AUGAGUCGAACUAGACGCCAAUGGCUGGGUUACUUCCUGGUGCUAUCUAUGAUAUUCUUUCUCUAUCAAUACAAUCGAUCAUCAUCAUAUGAAGCGACCACUCAAUCAGAAUCGCCAGACACUGCUACCAACGAAGAUGACACUUUUAUACCCGGUUUCGCAAAUCCCGACUUUCCCGAACCUCCCCCAGAACCCGUCCUACCCAGCGAGCAAGCGCCAGAUGACCCGCCUCACGAGUCAAUAUGGAAGAAUUUGCCCCUACGAUUCCCUGUGUCGCCCAAUUUCCUCCCACCUCUACAAUCGCUACGAGAAAUACCGAAGAUCCAAGCGGGUGGAUCGAGCUUUUCUCAAAUUACAACCUUCUUCCAAAAGAGCAGACAGGCGGCGGUUAAGGAAGCAUUCAAAAACUGCUGGGAUUCAUACAAGUCGCUAGCUUGGGAGACUGAUCUGCUUGCGCCCAUCAGUGGUUUACCUAUCAAUGGUCUGGGCGGAUGGGGGUUAACAAUUGUGGACAAUCUCGACACAUUAUGGAUCAUGGGGAUGCGCGACGAGUUCACGAAAGCGGUUGCGACCGUUAUGAAGAUCAACUUCGAAGAAACGCAUUCGCCGGAGAUUAACACCCACGAAGUCAAUAUCCGAAUCCUGGGUGGUCUUCUAGGCGCAUAUGAUCUAAGUUCCGACCGUCGAUUACUGCUCAAGGCCAUUGAAGUGGGCGACAUGCUUUAUGCGGCGUUCGACACCCCGAAUCGCAUGCCGAUCACUCACUGGGAUCUGCAUAGAGCCGCGCGACAGGAAGAGCAGAUUGCGGAGGAGAUGACAUCUCCUUCUGAGCUUGGAUCUUAUAUUCUUGAAUUUACCAAAUUGUCCCAAUUGACUGGCGACCCGAAAUAUUUCGACGCUGCUCAGUUAGUCAUGGAAAAAUUCAAUCUGCUACAGGACGUGACUCGGCUUGUCGGCCUGUGGCCUUCUGUGCUGAAUGCGCGAACUGAAAUGUUCGAUGGAGAUCUCUUCACGCUGGGCGCUGAAGCGGACUCUCUGUAUAAAACACUAUCCAAAGCCUAUUUGUUACUUGGAGGCCGGCUCCCCAUGUAUCGCAAAAUGUACGAGCGUGCUACGCUUACUGCUGCCGGACACAAUCUCUUUCGCCCCAUGACUCCAGAUCAGAAAGAUAUUCUGCUUCCUGGAUCUGUUCAUGUGCUGCAGACCCAGAAUGGGAAGUCGCGAACGUUACUGGAAGGCCAGGUUCGUUAUCGCGGGUGUUUCUCAGGUGGGCUUUUUGCGCUGGGCGGAGCAGUUUUCAAUAUCCCGACUCAUCGCAAGAUUGCCACAAAGCUUGUAGAUGGCUGUAUCUGGGCGGCUCAUUCUAUGCCACUGGGUAUAAUGCCGGAGGUAUAUGAUACAGUGCCAUGUGCAUCCCAAACUACCUGUCCUUGGGAUGAAUUAGUCUGGAAAGAGGAGGUCCAAAAGCGAGUGAUCACAGGACCCGAGCCAGAUCCUAAUCUGGAUAUUGACGCAUAUAUCCGUGACCAUCACUUGCCGAAGGGAUUCGUGUCUGUCCCUGAUACUCGCUACAAUCUGCGACCGGAGAUUAUCGAAAGUAUGUUCACUCUUUACCGGGUCAGUGCUCGCGAAGAUCUCCUCGAUACUGCAUGGGGAAUGUUUGAAUCAAUUCAAAAUACCACGGAAAUCAUCAAUGGAAACGCCGCUCUGGCCGAUGUCACAUCUCCAGAUCUUGAUCCAAUUCAUAUCGACGCCAUGGACAGUCUAUGGAUGUCCGAAACUCUGAAAUACUUCUACCUCAUGUUCAGCGAUCCAGAUGACAUGAAUCUGGAUGACUAUGUCUUCAACUCUGCCGGACACCCCCUGAAACGUCCAGCAACGGAAUGGAUACCCUAA